CUUCUGUUACUCCACAUGCAAGAAUAAAAUGUCACUUGGGAACUCAGUUUAGGCCUUUCUCUCUCCAACACACUACGUACUCUCUGGUCAUAUUUUAGUGGUCAAAUAUUCCUCUAAAUGCUGAAUGAAACAGUUCUCUGCUAGUUGAAACGUUUGUGCUCUUGUUCACGCGUCCUUUCUGUGUCUUUUCUUUCGAUAAAGAAUGGCAGGAAGAGUGUGAAAUUCCCGCUUCUGUCACUGCUCCAUCUGUGACUGAUGCCGUUUCCCGUUAUCCAGGUUUGGUCCCGCGUCCCUCACUUCUGAUUGGCUGUUGGGAGACGCACGGCGCUCUCAUUGGCUCGAACUUCUCCUCUUUGUUAAGCAAGUGAACUAUAACAGUCUCCCUGCGCACUUUAUCAGAAAGCACUCACUACACGCUGUCCGGAGGUCACACUGCGAGCUGGGGCUUCCCAGAAAUGUAGAGAUCUUCCUCUGCGCGUUCACACACACGUUGUUGCAUCAAGAAGAAGAAGAAGAAGAAGAAGUUGGGCAAAGAUGAUCUCCGCGUGCCUGGAGUUUCUCGGUCUGGGACUGUGCGUCACCGGGACCCUGCUGGUGAUGGUGGCCUGCGGGCUGCCCAUGUGGAAAGUGUCCGCCUUCAUCGACGGCAACAUCGUGGUGGCGCAGACCAUCUGGGACGGUCUGUGGAUGUCGUGCGUGGUGCAGAGCACCGGUCAGAUGCAGUGUAAGAUGCACGACUCGGUCCUGGCGCUGACCAUUGACCUCCAGACGUCUCGCGCUCUGACGGUCAUCUCGGCGGUGACGGGCGUCGUCGGUUUGAUCGUCACCCUCGCGGGCGCGCAGUGCACCAACUGCAUCAGCGAAGAGUCCGUCAAGGCCAAAGUGGUGAGCGCAGGAGGGGUGAUGUUCAUCGUCGCAGGCGUGUUCGUGUUGGUGCCCUUGUGCUGGAUGGCCAAUAGCAUCAUCUCCGAAUUUUACGAUCCUCUGAUCCCGUCGGCGAAGAAGAGAGAGAUCGGUGCCGCGCUCUACAUCGGAUGGGCAGCAUCUGCCAUGCUUCUGCUCGGAGGCGCCGUUCUGUGUUUCUCUCGUGCUCGUGAUGAUGAAAAUUCCUCGUACCCCCUCAAAUAUGUUCCGACAAAACCCGCCACAGUGAAUGGAGACUACGAUAAACGAAACUACGUGUGAUCAUCGUGUACAGAUCACGGACUUCUGACCCUAACCAGCAGAUUUAAUGUGCUGAGGUGCCGAACUGCUUCCAUGGGACACACCUGCACUUUUCUUCAUGUCUACAAAUAAACUGUGACUGGUAAAACAAUGAUGUUUUAGACAAAAGUGUUCAACAUCAAGACAGAUUCAUGACAUUGAGUGAGAGAAUGCUUUCAGGUUUUUAGAGCAGGUUUCCGUGUCAUGUUGAAGAUGGACACGGGUAGUUUUGAAAGAGAUUGACAUUACAAUCAGCAGCUCUUAUCUUCAUUGUUCUGAGAGACUCACACGUGCCGUUUUAAUGACCAAAACCUCCUGGCUGUGUGUUGUUUUAUUCAUUUUCUAUGCUCAUCCAAAAUUAAAGGAUUUUAUAAAUAAGCUGAAAUGGAUUUUGAUGAAUGAAUAAAUGUGUUCUGCAUAUAUCAGUAAAUGAUGUAAGUUUCUUGUUACAUUUUUUAAUAAAGCUGUUUAACAAACAACACAACUUUGCAUUCCUUAAUUCCAAGUUACACGUGUAAUAAAAGCCCUGUUUAUUGCAUGGACUGAUGCUCUGGGGAAGACGAUAGAGUUCUGUUUUCAUCAUUAUGACGGUCAGGUAUUGUUGAGGAGAUGAUGACCAAGGUCAGAGUCAUAACCUUUAUUCUGAUACAAACCAUUAUCAUCAUUUCUGAUCUCAGGACCUUUGACCCACUUCUGAGUUCAUGAGGUGACACACACACACACACACACACACACGAUGGCGCCUUCAUCUGUGAUGUGGCUGUUAGAUUACAGAGUUCUGCAGCAGGCGGACC